AUGCCGAAGGAGCCGCGGGCGGUGCCCAUGGGCAUAAUCAGCGCUGAGCCCAUCCACGCUGCAUCCCGCAAGAUCAAGUUCGGCACUAAGGCCAUUACAUUAGGCAAGUCAACCUCACAAGGGCACAAGCGCGGCACAGCGGCUAGGGGUCUCAAGGAGAAGAGGGCGAGCUCUGGUGUCAAGACUGGCGGCAGCCAGUCCGGUAUCGUCUUCAACAAAGGCUUCGGCCAGCACAUCCUCAAGAACCCACUUGUCAUCGCCGCCAUCGUCGAAAAGGCUGCCAUCAAGCCCACCGACAUCGUCAUCGAGAUCGGCCCCGGCACGGGCAACUUGACAGAGAAGUUGCUGCAGACGGCGAAAAAGGUGAUCGCCUUCGAGAUUGACCCGCGCAUGAUGGCGGAGCUGAACAAGCGCUUCCAGAACACUCCGUUGGCCUCGAAGCUGCAGAUUAUCCGCGGCAACUGCCUUGAGCAGGACUUCCCGUACUUUGACAAGUGUGUGGCGAACGUGCCGUAUGCAAUUUCGUCGGCACUGGUGUUCAAGCUGCUCAAGACGCCGACAUUCAAGUGUGCCGUGCUCAUGUUUCAACGUGAAUUCGCCCUGCGCGUCUGCGCACAGCCCGGGUCAGAGGCCUACUGUCGACUUUCUGUGAACUCGCAGCUGCUCGCCCGCUGCAGCCACCUCAUGAAGAUCAGCAAGAACAGCUUCAACCCUCCGCCGAAGGUCGAGUCGAGCGUCAUUCGACUCGACCCCAAGCACCCACCGCCUGAUGUGGAUUUCGAGGAGUGGGACGGGCUCGUGAAAAUGCUCUUCAGCCGCAAGAACAAGAAGUCCUCGUCGAUAUUUCGCACCAAGGCGGCUGUGCAGGCCCUGUACGACAAGUACGUGAGCUACCGAAAGAUGGAGGGCGGUCAGCCCGUCGGAACCGCCACGUCCGGUGCAAAGCCCCUGACGUGCAGUAGCAGCUCGGAUGCGGGCUCGUCCAUGUCGCUCGAGCAGUUCCGCGUGCUACUGGACUCGGUGAUUGCGGACCCCAUGUUCGAAAAACGCAGUCGCAUGCUCGACGAGGAGGCACUGAUGACUAUGCUGGCCCACUUCAUCAAGCACGGCAUUCACUUCAUCUAA